AUGGCCAAGAAGGCGAGUUCCGUUUCCUCUGCGCUUUCCAAGAUCAGGAACCAGAGAACAGGAAAGACGAGUGCCUUGGACGAGUACGAAGUGGAAGACGAAAAUGAUCGCAUCUAUGAAGUUAUCACUGAAGAAGAAUACAAUGAGAGGAAUAGGAAAAGGAGAUUAGACGAUUUUAUCGAAGGUGGAGGCUUCAGUGAAGAUGAGAUGGACGAUGACCUGGACGACAUCGAGGACCAGGUUGAACGCACUUCAAGGAGGGGUUCACAAAAGCCACACCCUUCUGGCAAGUCAAUCCAGCAACACUUUGUGGAAAUGGCGGCGAGUUCCACCACCUACCAACCGUCAAAGCCUGUGGAAAACGACGCUUCUAUGCUUAAAAAACUUAGCAACUUUGAAGAUGAACUAGAUAAUGAUGGUGGAGCGUAUGGAAGUUUUCCUGGACAGUUUUCAAUGCCAAGUCAAAUGGGCAUGCAAACCCAAUUUGGUACUCCACUCAUGCCUACACAACUCUCGAUGCCACUGAUUCCUGGUGCUAGUUUUAGUCAUCUUCCUGGCAGAGGCAUCUACAGCGGACCACUAGAUGGAGUAGCGGAGGCAGAGAUUGAUCCGUCCCUUAUUGAAAGUUUUGGAGAAGUUGAAUCAUCGCAAGUUGAGACCAUGGUAUCGCAAAGCAGUGACGUUCAGCCCAGUGAUGAAGAGGUGGUUAAUAUUGACGCUAUAAAGACAGAGAAUGAAAGUGAUAUCCCACUCUACCUACUAGACCUUUGUGAAGGACCUGCUGGCAACCUCCACCUCUUUGGUCGUAUACUAUCCAAUAAAGGAGAGAAUACUGAAAGCUGCAUGGUCACAGUAAAGAACGUGAUGAGGUGUCUCUUUUUCAAACCCCGCAUGGAACUCAUGUUUACCGAAACUGGUGAAAUUACAGAUAUGCUAGUAGACGGAGUUGUGCUCAAGGGGAAUCCCCUGUUUGAAAGGCACCUAAUGAAGAAUUUUUACAACGAAAUGGAAGUAUUGAGAAAGGAUUAUGGAAUUAAAAAGAUAAUGUACAAGUUGGUAAAGAGAAAGUUACUAAAGUAUGGACCUUCAACUGAGGAACUCUACAUUAAAGUCUGCUAUCCAUACGCAUUUCCUCAGCUUGGCAAGCAUCACUUUUCUGGCACUUGCUAUUCUGACGUCUAUGGUGUAAAUUCACCAAUUACUGAACUCUUUCUGGUAAAGAGAAAGAUCAAAGGGCCAUCGUGGCUAAGACUAAGGGGAGCCGUUGUUAGCAGCCAGAAUUUAUCCACAUGCAAAGUUGAGCUGGAGGUUGAAUCGCAUAAAUCCGUUUCCCUCUGGGUCUCCAAGGACUCUGAGGAGAUUGCAGUGCCACAAAUUUCCAUUGCUGCAAUUUCAGUAAAGACUUGUUUUGUGACUCCAAAUCAGCCUGAAAUCUUUGAAAUCGCCAUGGUUUACAAUAAGAAAUGUUCUAUAGACGACAUGUCAGUAAAAGAAGUGAAGAGCGACAAUCAAUUUAUCGGAAUAAGGAAACUGCCAUCAUUCCAAUGGCCGAAGGAGAUGAAGGCCUUUUUGUCCAAGAGGCCAUACUUUAGGAUAUACGAACAAGAACGUGGAAUGUUGGCUCAUUUUAUGAAGUUCUUGGAGACCAUAGAUCCGGAUGUAGUUGUCAGCCAUGACACUCACCAACUCGUUUUAGAGACGCUUUUGAAACGUUGCAAUGCGUUGAAUAUACCGCUCAGGGUAUCGUUUUCUAGGCUAAAGCUUGGGAAAAAAAUGACAACCCCGUUUACUGCUGGGAGGCUAUUUUGUGACACGAGAAUGUUGACAAAGGAAUUGUAUCCUGGAAGAGGAAAUUAUGACCUCAGUGCGUGUGUCUAUGACUUGGUAACAAAGGCACCGCCAAAGGACUCUAAUUUCUACACAAGAAACGCCUUUACCAUGGGAGAAGUAAAGAGGUGUUUUGGAGAUGCACCAGACUCUAUGAAGAAUCUGCUGGUUAUGGCACAAGCAAAUUCAAAGUUUGCACUCGACUCAUUUAAUCUCCUUCUAAAGAUCCAGGCCCUCCCCCUGACAAAGGAACUCACAAACAUUGCCGGAAAUACAUGGAAUCGCAGUAUUCAGUGUGCGAGGUCUGAAAGAAAUGACUUUUUGCUAAUGCACGAAUUUCACCGUCACAAGUACAUUCUAGAUCACACUUUUGAAAAACAUAGUAUCAGCUCAAAGAAUGCAGCAGAUGAUUGGUACCACGUCACCGUUCCGCAACAAUAA